UGGAUUUUCAUGACUAGUGGCUUCAAACGGACUCAAAUAACAACAUAACAUUCCCCGAUCCUUCCCUCUGAAAGUUCCGUAACAUUAUUAUUAUUACUACUAUAGUUCCAAAUCCCGUAAUACUAAACAUAAGAACUAUAGUAGUAGUAGUACGUAUUUCCCUCAACUCAAAAUCAAAACUAGUAAAAACCAUUUCUCCAUUUCCACAGUUGCUAUUUUCGUUAAAUUAGGGUUCCUGCAUUUCCUUCCAAUUUCCACACAACACCGAUUCAUUCCAAUAGCAUUGUCUAACACAACAAUGGUGUCAAGUCCUUCUUCAUCCGGGAAUCACAAGAAGACGAAAUCAUCACCAUCAACAACGCCGAGUCCUUUGAGGAGAUCUGAGAGACAGCGAAACCUUUCAUCUAAUUCAAAUCGUUCACCUUCUACUUCUACAGCCACCGUUUCGAAGUCUGAGUCUAGAGAUAAGGACGAGAAAACUUCUUCGAAUAGGAAGAAACUGGAUGCUCGGAGGUAUCGAAAUAUUUUAGCACAAAAGAAAAAUAAAGAUUGCCACAAGGAGACGAAUGAUGAGCAUGCGUUGACUCCACAAGAUAGCAACAAGGGUGAGAGUGAGAUUGAUGAGUGCUAUAAAGGGAUUAGUUUGGGCUGUAAAGAAGUUUUUGAGGAUUGUAUUAAGCCAUCUGAAGAUGGCAAAGCAAAGGAUACGAGUGCAAAGUCUAUGUCGAAAGGACUUGUGAAAGAACCAUUAGAAAAUAAUGUGACAAUAGGUUCAACAGUGGUAGCAUCUAAUUCCACUGCUCAAAGGACUAGUGAGAUACCUGAAAGAGUUAAUUUAGAUAGCGAUGAAGAGGAGAUUAGGGGUUCAGAUUCAAAUGGAAGUUUGAUUAGGAAAUGCGUUGGAAAUGAUAAGGGUGGAAAUUUGACACCUUCCAAAAGUAAAAGCACGGAGGUAGACAUUGAGAAUUUGACACCUUCUAAAAGAAAAAGCACGGUCGUAGGCAUGGACUCUGAUGUUUCUCAUACCUUGGAUGCUGACCAUGAAAGGCUUCGCGUCAAUAGUUUAGAGACCAGUGGGCCUUCCAAAAGGAUAAGGGGGAUCAAUAAUGUUGAUCAACCUACUUCAAAAUCUAAUGAUGAAAAGUCAUGUACCAAAAACAAAGAAGAGAGACCUCAAGGGAACAAUGAUGAAACUGAGAAGAUAAGGACACAGCAGAGGAGCUUACAUCUUUCAGUGAAGCCAGAGAUAGCAAAGCUUUGUGAAAUUCUUCUUCUCCCAGAUAAUGUCAAGAGUAUGGUUGGAAAGUUUCUUGAAUAUACCAUGAACAAUUUCAUGAUCUGUACAGAACCAGUAUCAAUAUUACAGGCUUUUCAAUUAUCUCUGUGUUUGACUGCUGCUUCGUUGCUAAGCCACAAACUUGACUCUGAAGCUGCCCUCAUUCUUGCAAAGCGGCACUUGAAUUUUUCCUGUAAGAAAGAUGCGGUUGAUGAAAUUAGUGCAAUGCUGUGGGAUCUGAAGGACAAUUUUUUAUUACUCACAGGAGACUCUAAUGCCAAUUGCUCUCCAACGGUUUCGGAAUCAUCAAAAAGGGUUCAUUCGAAUACAGACACAACAUCAGAUGUUGAAUUGACCAAAAAAGAUAUUUCCAAAAUUUCUAGAAAUAUUAAAGUAAAUCAGAAUCGCAAAGAACAAUGGAGAAAGCUACUUCAUAUUCAACAGGAAAAUAAACGUAAGUUGGAAAAAGGUAUUGAGAAAAAAAUGACUGAUUUUAAAAAUAUGUUUCAUGUAGAGUGGCAAGCUACUUUACUUUAUGCGAAGGAAAAAGUGAAGCUCAGAGAAUUCAAAAGUAAAUACAAAGUAAGGGAAGCAAUAUUGAAAAGGGAGCAAGAAGCACGUCUCAAGGCUCUUGAGGCCGAACAGUUAGAAGAAAGGCAGAAAUUCCGUGAGUCGUCAAACCUAACUUCUUCGAAGGAACUUGGGACAUCCCAUAAUGCUCAAAAAAUCCUUCUGUCUAAUAAAGUGUCUGAAACUAGUUGCAAACAGGCGACUGCCAGUGAAUUGAGUAGGAAGGAAGCUGUUGGAUUGCCCAGCAAAGUCAGAAGUACUGAUUAUCCAGAGAAUGCAGCUCCUCUGAAUUCCUUAUCCUCAGAUCAAAUAUCUGAUGAAGGUUUAGAUGGGGUUGUAUCACCUAGGCCUCGUAGCUCUUCUGGUCCAAGUAAUGGCCAUCCAGCUGCAGUUUCCCUUUUGAAUUCACCAUCUUCAAUUCAAAAAGUUUCCGGUAGAGUCUCGCCGGCCAUAAGUGAUGGACAAACGCCAGUCACGGGACCAGAAUUGAGUGGGGAUGCAGCCGUGGGAUUGCCUAGCACAGUUAGAAGUACUGGUUAUCCAGAGAAUGCAGCUGCUCUGAAUUCUUCACCAACAGAUCAAAUAUCUGAUGUAGGUUUAGAUGGUGUUGCAUCACCAACACCCUGUAUAUUUUCUAGUCCACCUGAUGGUCUUCCAGCUACAUCUUCCCUUUUGAAUUCACCUUCUUCAAAGCAACAAGUUCCUGAUAGAGUCUUGUCACCCAUAACUGAUGGACAAAUACCAGUCGUAGUGCCAGAAAAUAAUCAUGAAGAGGCUGAAUGUCAAUUAACAGAUAACGUGGAAGUGAAUGAGAGUACUACAUCAAACUACCAGGACGGAGUAGACAGAACCAUGGCAGAAAACACUUUGUCCCAGGAGACUUCAGUAUCUAGAGCAGUGGAUCCCAUUGAGCCUAAAAAACAAGGGCCCGGGCAGCCAUUAUCAGCUGUAGAGUUACCCUCUAUGGUCACGGAGCCUCCAGAGCAGGUGCAGCAAUUACCUUCUUCAGGGUUCCUUUCAUCCAACCAGGAUAUCUCUAACUUGCCUUCGGCGGCUGGAGGUGAAGAUCAGCCAGCAACCAAUGAAAUUUUUUUCUCCAGCCAGAUUCCCGAGGCAUCAGCAGUGGUUCAAAAUCAAGCCGCCGAGCAACCUGCCUUGAAUUUGGAAGUUGAUUCACAUUUGCGUCAAGUUGUGCCUCCAGUCUCAGACAUGGUCCUUGAUUCACUUGCGCCUGGUGGAGUCACAACCCAGUCAUUAGACACAAGAAAUUUGUCAACUCACAGAAUUAUCAAUAAUCAUCCUAUUCAAACUCCAGUACAAUCAGCUUCAAGGAGUUUUCCAUCUUUGUUUUAUGAUCCACUUAGUUAUGAAUUGGAAAGAAUACGUAAAUCGACAAAGCAAAAUCUGAAAAACCAUGAAGAUAUGAAAUUACAGCUGAAAUGUAAUUUUGAGAAGGAAAUUGAGGAACUUCGCAGGAAGUAUGAUAUUCAAAUGAAGGAGAUUGAAGUUGAAUUUCAGAAAACAAGCAAGAACUAUGAUACACAAUAUAAAACAGUUUAUGUACAUAAAAUAUUGGCCGAUGCUAUGAAGGCUAAUUCUGAUCCUAGGUUUUCUGGUGAGUCGGGAAUGCUGCAAGGUUUAACCCAACUUCCAAGACUGCAAAAUCCUACUCAUCCCUUUCCGGUUGCCGGACCAUCUUGCCGCGGGCCUCCUGGAACCACUUUCCAGAAUUCACACGCCUCAACUGGCUCUCAUGCUAUGUUGCCAUCACCUAUACACAAUACACCGGGAAAUUUCAGCGGUUUUUCUGCAAGACCACCUCAUAUCAAUACUUCUUCACCUAAUCUUCAAGCUGGUGGGGGGAUAUGUGCUCCUCCACUGCAUCCCCCGCCUUAUAGAUCCUCAACAUCUGUACCAACCUCAAGUCUCAUGGGGGAGUUCUGUGCCCCUCCACCUCCUCUCCACCCUUAUAGACCCUCAAUAUCUGUACCAGCCUCCAGUCACAGUGGGGCGAUGCCCACCCCUCUGGUUCCUAUUCCGCCUUAUAGAACCUCCACAUCUGUGCCAGCCUCCAGUCACAGUGGGGCGAUGCGCACCCCUCCACCUCCUCUCCCGCCUUAUAGACCCUCAACAUCUGUUCCAGCCUCCAGUCACAGUAGGGCAAUGCGCACCUCUCCACCUCCUCUCCCACCUUAUAGACCCUCAACAUCUGUACCAGCCUCUGGUCACAGUAGUGCGAUACGUGCCCCUGCACCGCAUCUUCCGCCUUAUAGACCCUCAACAUCUGUACCAGCCUCCAGUCUCAGUGGGGAGAUACGUGCCCCUGCACCGCAUAUACCGCCUUAUAGACCCUCAACAUCUCUACCACCCUCGACAUCUGUACCAGCCUCCAGUCUUGGAGGAGUUCCACAUAGUAUGCCAAGUCACCCUGCACCCGCCCCUGCAAGUUCGUUAUUAUUAUCUCAGAGGCUUCCCAGUUCAAUGCCAGCAGUCUCUCAGAUUGGUCCUCAUAGGGGGCAUGGGUAUGAGAGCACAGGUGGGUUCCUCACUCCUAAUGUAUCUGCUACGGAUAUGCGUAUGAAUGUUAAUAGUCAAUCUAGCAUUAAUCUGCCAAAUACUCUGCCACAUAUGUCAGAUUCGGCAUCUUUGAAUCAUUCCCAAUUUAGCAAAAGUAGCAGUGUUCCGGUCAACUCAACCCAAGAAGCUACACCUUCUGAUGUUGUCUGUUUAUCAGAUGAUGACUAACCAGAGGAAGUGUUCAUAUAUUUUUUCCAGAAUUGUCCUAACACUAGGAAAUGAUACAAGCUCCUUUUUCUGCUACUAGAAUUUAGGACAGAAGUUUGGUGAUAGUGUGAUGCCUCGCUCACCAUUUUUUGUUUAGUGCAUAUUUGUAAUCAUUAAUUUAUCCACCAUAUGUAAAUAUAUAACGCAUAUGUAAUUCAAAUUCCUAGGUUUUUGGGGAUUGUAAUUAAUGACUGUACACUUAAAUGGAACAGCGAUACAAUAUUCUAAAAAAAGUAUAGUAUAAGUAAUUAUUAAGGAAUUAUUUGAAUUCUAGAAGUUUGCUUUUGGUAACCAAGUUAAUGUUAUUUGAACUCCAUUUUAAUCAUGUUAGUCAUUGAAUGAGUAUUUAAUCAUUCGUAUAAACCAAUGUAAUCUUCGCAACAAUAACACUUGUUAAUCAGUCAAUCAUUGACUCGGUAACAACUUAAUAAAUGGUAUAUA